GAAGGAGGAGAAGGAGAAGUAGGAGAUACUGAGGUAGAAGGAGAAGAAGGAGGAAAUGGUGAGGAAGAAGGAGAAGGAGAAGUAGGAGGAGCAACUGGUGAAGAAGAAAGAGAAGAAACAAAUGAUGGAGAACAGGAAACGUCAGCAGGAGGGGGUGGAGGAGAAGAAGCAGAAGGAGCAGGAAAUACCACAAACGAGGCUGAAGAAGGAAACGUUAGAGAGGACGCAGAAGAAAUAUCAGAAAGUGAUGACAAGGAAGCACCCACUGUAGGCAUCACAGAGGGAGGAGGAGGAGAAGUAGCGGGGCAAUUUGAGGUGACCACACUCGCCACACAAUCCUCGUCCACGCUAGAUGCAGCCUUAACCACCACCACAACUUCUACCACCUCUACCACUACCGCACCAACCACAACCAGCACCAUGCUCUCCACCGGCGUCUCCUCGUCCACCACCCCCUCCACGCCCGCGCCACGCACGCCCGGCAGCUACAAUACGGGCGGGAAGUGGUUCUGGCGGGGAAAGAGUGCCACGGGAACUCGUACUGUCCUUUCUUCUGCCCAGCCGCCUGUCAGAAUCCACGGUAACGCCUUCGGAAUGUUCUCCCAGGGCAGUGGUGGCUUGAACAGUAUCCCUGGGGCACCACAACAGAGUAACGCGGCACCUGUCACUGGCUACGGGGUGACAAACAUUGGUCCGUACUAUGAUGGGCCAGGAUUCGGUCCUCCUGGUCCUUUGCUCUUCAGGCAGGUGGCCACCCCACGCCUGACGGAGGGAAGACAGCCGGCCCAGCACCGUCUCACCGCUAGGAUGCGCAAUAAAGCUCAGUUAAGGAAGAGUGUGAGUCGUUCUGGAGCCUUGAAGCGUCAAUCUGUCCCUUCAGUUGCUACUCGUACAAAGAAGGCCUGGACUUGGGGGCGCUGAAAUGAGUUUGCAAGUUCUUACCGAUCUACCCGGCCGUUACGUAUAGGAGAGCUAAUCUUUAUCUCUAGGAAUGCACUACACACCAUCACAAAUAAAUAGGAGCUUCCUCA